UUCCACUAGCCGACAGCAUGGAUGCCCUCAGAGCUGCGCUCGCUUCAUCGAUUGUCCAAGCGCUUUCUGCUUGUUUGUUCUUGCAAGCGGAAUUACUGCUCCUUGCGGAAGACCACAGACGAAGGACGAGGUUAAGAACGGGGGAAGUACUGCCGCCUACAGGUCUGGCAUGUCCUUAACAACCUAUUUAUCCGGGUACGUGUGGACAGAGUUUUUUUUAAAACGAGGUGGUGUGGGUGCAAGUUUUUGGAGGGGCGGAUAUUCGUUUUUAAAAAACCCGGCUACGUGUGUACUAGGCCUUAGUUAACUAGUCUCACCAGAUCCCUUCUGAUCUCACUCCCCACACACCUAUCACCUGUUUCCCUGAUUGUUUCCCUGUGUUCAUAACCCUGUCUGCGUCUCAAUGUGUUGUCGGUCCACUGUUUGUGUCAGCGCUGUCUCGUUUUCCUCUCCUGGUCUCUGGUCUCUAGGUAUUUGGAUGUCUCUAGGUUUUGCUCUUUAAAGGAGCUCUUCGCCUCUUGGUCUCAAGGUUUGCGCAUUAGGAUUUUUGGAUUUAGGUUUUUGGCUACCUGCCCUUUUUGGACUUUACUUUUGGACAAUUAUUCCUAAUAAAGGAUUUUACGUUUCCUACUACUGCGUUGUGUCAUCCUGGUUCUGCAUCUUGGGUCCUAACCUCCUCCUGGCUUACAUCGUGACAGACCAGUGGCGCCUGUGCUCAGAAGCCUCACCUGUUAGUGUGCCCUAGGGCAGCUGUGGCUACAUGGAAGCUCAUCAUCACCAGCAUGUGAAUGUGUGUGUGAAUAGAUGUAUCCAUCAGAAGAUGGUCUAUGUGGUCAUACAGGGACAGACGUGGUCAACAGCAAUACUCCGGUAGGCUGUGGUGAUGAAGCCAGCCCCAGGUGGGACUAAUGGUCCCACUUAAACUUUGUCCAGCUCGACUUGGGCCGCCCCAUGUGGCCAGGUUAUGCUUACACACCCUUCUUAGGAACGCGGAUGGCCGAGCAUGUGGGCAGGUCCACUAAAGAGGCACAGAGAUUGUGUCCUUUCUGAAUGCCACGUUACGCUAACAAAAGUGGACAUGAGCAGUGAUGCUUUUGUAGACUGACAUGAAUCUCACAACUCCCUACUCUUCUCACUGAGCAGUGGUGGUGUUGUGGGAUCCUCUUCCAUCCAAAUGCACUCACAGGAGACGAUCAGUCCUCGUGCUGCUGCAGCCGCAGCUGCCGGUCCGAGCUGAAGUCAAAUAUGUUUGCAUCACUGCAUCCAGAUUGUCAUUGAAUCACGCAUGCAAGAAAGUGCUGCUGGCUGAUUCUACCCACACCAAUCUGAGGUUCCCACUAGUAGGUUGGAGUGAGAGUGGCAUCACUUCAUCUGGCCAUUCGGUCCACAGGUGAGUUUGACACGCUCAACACGAAACAGACCGCAGGAAAGCUGGGUUGGAAUAAAUGGUCAGCUCUGCACGGAGAAAGCCGAUGUUAAUGCAUUUACCCCACCUGGCUCAGACUGAACUGACCCCAGUCUAACUGGCCCAUAAGGGGUCCAGAGUGGGCCAAGAACAUCUCCCACAUACCAUUACACCCCCACCACCGUGCUGAAGCAUUACAAGGCAGAUUGGAUCCAUGCUUUCAUGUUGGUGACACCAGAUUCUGACUCGACCAUCUGAACAUUGUAACUGAAAUCCAGACUCUUUGGACCAGAAAAGGCUUUUCCAGUCUCUUCUGGUCCAGUUAUGGUGAUCCUGUGGAAAUUGUAGCCUCGGUUUUCUGUUUAGCUUACAGGAGGGACAUCUGGUGGGGUCUUCUGCUGCUGGAGUCCACCUUUUUCAAGGUUCUACAUGUUGUGGUUCAGAGAUGCUGUUCUGUAGACCUUGGUAGGAACCAAGCUCAUGGGGCAAUGGGAGUCUAUCUUUAUUUGUCAUUGGGCGAGAGGUAGGAGACCCCCUGGACAUGUCUAGUUCUUCACAUCGGUACACUGAGACAAGCGAAUAGCCACAUACUCACCCCUAGUGACAGUUUAGCCUCCAAUCUACCUAAUAUGCAUGUUUCUUUGUCUGUGGGAGGAGACCCGAGUACCGGAAGAAAACACGUGCAUGUAUAAGGAGAACUCCAUACAUUAAGGCAGCAGCUGAGAUUUGAACCGCCGUUUGCAGAAAUACUGAGACCAGCCUAGCUGCUACCAACAACCACGCCUUGUUCAAAGUCCCUUAAAAUUUUUUUGUUUAAUGUUAAACUUCAUCAGGAUUUCUUCACCACAUCUAAAUGUACUGAGUUGCUGGCCAAUUAGAUAUUUUCCACGUCUGCCUUUUAUUUUAAAAUCAAAGUGAAACGAAGACAGUUUGUGUUUCUGCUGCUGUCAGAUAAAGGAAGUGGAGGUGGGGGACUAAUUCUUAUUUACAGAAGUGAAACAAGGAACUCGGCCCUGUUCUUGCAAUCAAACGGUGCAUCAGCGAUUACUAAUAAGAAGUUAUCUUGUUAUUCACAAGAAUCAAAAAAAGGGCAGAAAACGAAGAAGACACUCCUGGUGUCAUGUUGGCCGAGGGAUUUCUUAGGGUGUUGUGUUACAGGGAGGAGAGAAAGUUUGCUGUCACUUCCAAACAGAAGAGAAGGCAGAAAGGUGGCCUGUGUUCCGACCCGCCCGGCACUGUCCCUGACCCAAACUGCACCGAACCACACACGAUCUCCGCUGAAGAAGGGUUUAACCAAGAUGUUCAAGGCUGCCAUCAUGGCCCGCACCCGAGAGUGCUUCCUCGGGUCCCAGGCCUUCUAAUCCCUGGGUGUUCACCUGCAACUGCCCUCCAGCCCGUCUGUGUGGAUGACUGCAGCCUUUUGGAACAAUACCCAGACCUGCAGGUGGUUGAUUCAGGCCUCAUUCCACACAACCCACCCAGAGGCUCGGAAAACCUUCAGCGUCCUGACCCUGAACUGAGUCCUCAUCCGGAAGCCCAACAAAACCAACACGGCGAUUUGAUUUCAUCCACCCCAGACCAGGGUUAUCUGGUAAUGGGGGACAGAGAGAACAUCAGCUUGGAUCUGCCCGGUUUGGGUUUGGAGCCCAUGUCCAACUCUGUGCUGAACAGGCUCCUGGAGAAGAAGCUGGAGGAGGUGUACAUGCAGCACCUGACUGACAACCUGGCUCGAUGCAACUCUCAUCUGGGGAACAGCCUUCUGCACGGCCUGGUGCCACCACCGCAGCCCAGCCACCAGUCACAGGCACUGUACUCACUGGAAACCAGUCUGGAGAAAGACUCAGAAGGGAAUAGCUGGGACAUCUAUCUGAGCGUCCCAGUAGUCUCCUCAUCCAUCUUCAGCUCCCCGGUGUUGAGGAUUUCAGACUUAGAGCACCCUCAGCUGCAGGGAGACCCAAGGUCACAAACUCAGUCUUUAAAAGUGCACCCACCCACUUAAAGACCCGACUGUGACAAUAAUAAAGCAGUUCACUGUAUCAAUCUGGUUUAUUAACCUCAACAUGAGCUGCUUCCAUACGCCAUCUGGUGUUUGAUUCUGAAACUGCACCACUAUGAUUUUUACCUGGCAGCCAUUUAAGUGUAUUUUACUCACCUGGUGAAGAUUAAACCAAGUUCAACACUAAGUGUAUGCUUCUUGCUGUCACAGGCUUCUUUUCUGAGCCACUUACUGAAGUCAAAAGCUAGAUUAUGUAGCAGUGUGUGUGCAGAAAGCAUCAAAACAGUUAAAGCUUUAUUUUUUAUUAUUGUUACCCUGCUUCUUUACAUCUGAAGUCAUGAAAUAGCCAGAGUCUGGAACAGGGGAGGUAUCAGUGGCACUGGUAGAGGUGGACGGGAGUGUGUUUUACAACAAUUGUCGGAGCCAUAAAAUCUAGUUUUUUAAUUUCUAACUACCUUAGGAGUAUGGUGUUUAAAUCUUAACAGGCGACUGAAGUGAGCGUCCUCUCUAGGGCAGCUGAGCUCAGCCUAUAGAGAUCAGAUGAGGUGCUCCAUCAUCAUCUUGGGAGAGGUAUGUUCCACUGGGAGGAGGCUGGUAAAAGACCAAAUAACACCUGCAUGAUGUAUGCUUUCUCUCUGGCCUGGAAAAACCAUGGGAUUCACCCCAGGAGGAGAUGGAGGUUGUUUCUGGGAAGUGCGGCCAUCUGGACUCGACCCUGGAACUGUGACGUUUGAGACCUGACCUCGGGUAAGCAGAAGAGGAACGUUUGGAUGGAUGGAAGUUUGGAUUUACAACCUGAGCCUCAAACAGCGGAUAAAGACGCUGAUCCUCCAACAAGAAGUCUUGUUUGCAUGACUGUUAACGUCCAGGAAUCCAAGCCAGCGUGUGACAGGACAAAAGUGUUCAUGAUGUGUCUGUUUGUGCUAGAUUAAAACCCAUGAAGCACGAAUCCUCACGAGCAGGUUCGUAGGGGUGGGGGCUCCACCGACACGUUGGGAGCUGAGGGCGUUUGCUCAUGUGGGCAAAAGGGUGGAAAACAGAUAUUCACCGAGGUUUCUGGGUAAUUAACGGAUUAGAGCUGUCAGUCGAAUCAGGCUUUGUAACGUGUCCCUGUCAGUGCUACGGCAGGUAAAUAGCUAAUUUAAGGGAUUUUAAUCUGCAAAUUAAAUGCAGAGACACAGA